CCCACCAACUCGAGGCCAUGGGGUUCCCCACUGAUCGAGCAAAAAUGGCCCUCAUAAUAAAUGAAGGCCGGAUGGAGGAGUCGGUCGCGUGGUUGUUACAUGAAGGGGAAGAGGAUAACAAACAGCAGGUUUUGGUAAACCUAGAAGAUAAAAGCCACAUAAAAGUUGAUAUUAGUGAUGAGCUUGCCAGGCUUGCAGAAUUAGAGGUUAAGCACAAAUGUACAAAACAAGAUGUUGAAAGGGCUGUUGUUGCUUGUGAGGGAGAUUUGUUGAAGGCUGAUGACAGCUUGAGGUUGCAAAAACAAGCUGCUUCUGCCGCAACACUCAAAUCAGAUGAAUUUGUUGAUUCCAAUGGGCUAAAUAAUAAGAUUUCAGCUCCUAACAACCCUGUAUUGAUGAGAAAUCCCGUAAAAGGAGCAACCUCAUCCUCCAUGAUCAUUCAACAACAGAGACGAGAUGAAAAAGAUUUAAACUACAGAACUAUGGUAACUAGUAAUUUGCCACAGGAAUAUGUAAAUAGAAACCCUCAGCAGGCAUUUAAGAAGAUGCAGCUCAAACCAAAUGAUUGGUCAAGAGUUCAGUCUCUUGCAAUUGAUAAAAGAUUGUUGGCAAUGACCGGUGGUGCUCCAUCUGUUUCAUACCCUCCAUUGGUUUCACCAGUGCAGCCUUCGGGACCUCCAUUGAAGUCAGAACUUCAGUUCCCAGCUCCCAUGGGGCAUGAAAUUCAGACAGACUUUCAGGCAGGAACUUUGAGAGAGCCCUCUUUCAUUGUUAUGAGACGCCCGAAGCAGCAGAACUUGCCUUCAAGCAUUGGCUUGAGCAUGUCUCCGCCAGCAUCCACAGGAUGGCAUCCAAACGCAUCUCCUAGCCUGGAUUUUUUUACAGCGGCGAAUGGUGGUUCGACUCAUAACUUCGCUGGUAUGGGCUCAACAGGCUCAUCCCUGCAACAGUUUUACACUCAAAGCAACCCCUAUACAGUAUCGUCAGGACCGGCGGACUUGUCUGCGGCAACUGGUUGGAGCAACCAAUCCUGGAAUUCUUCGGGAACCACAUCGUUGCUAGCGAUGCCAUCUUCUCUAGGACUUUUUACAGCAUUGAGUUCUUCUGGGCCCGCUUCAUCUUCUCAGAAUGAUUGGAGCAACGGUAGCUCCGCUGCCCACCGGGAUUAUGCAUCUAUUGAUUGGAGCUUGGAUGUGACAUCGCUAAGACCAUUGAAGGAUAAUGUUGAGUCUGACUCAUGGGCGACAAUGUUUAUGGAAGGAAAUACUGCGGCAAGGCCUCACAUGAAUGUUGGUGGGGGUGUUUAUGUUCCAGGAUUACAGGAGGGUGGUGGUUUCAUGGCCGAUCCCUCAGGCACAUCUAGUUCCCAUGAAUGGACUAAUCCGUUUGAGGGUAGUGAUCUGUUUAGGGCUCCCAGGCAGUAUGUCACAUCCCCUUCUCUGUAGGAAAUCUAUCAUUUCAAAUG